CGCCCUCGGCCGCGCACCAUGGGUCUCUUCGGGAUGUUCAAGAAGAAGGACCCUAAGGACAUGGUACGGGAAUGGCAGAGUAAGCUCCGGGCGGAGAUGCGGAACGUCGACCGACAAGUCCGAGACAUCCAGAACGAGGAGAAGAAGGUCCGGAAGAGCAUCAAAGACUGCGCGAAGCGGAACGACAUCAAGUCCAUGCGCGUGCUCGCGAAGGAGGUGGUCUCGUCGCGAAAGACCGUCUCGAGGCUGUGCCAAAACAAAGCGCAGAUGAACUCGGUGUCCAUGAUGCUCUCGGAGCAGCUCGCGACGGUGAAGUCCGUGGGGCACCUCACGAAAUCCACGGAGGUGUUGAAAGCGAUGAACGCCCUCGCGCGCAACAAAGCCGCGAAUGACACGAUGCGAGAGAUGUCCAAAGAGAUGAUGAAGAGCGGCCUCGUGGAGGAGCUCGUGGAGGAGGCGUUCGAGGACAUGAACGGGGGCGCGGAGGACGUGGAGGAGGAGAGCGAGAGCGAGCUGAACAAGGUGUUGGCGGAGAUCGCGGGCGAGAGCGUGGCGCUGAUGCCGGAGGCGGGGAAGGCGCCGGUCCCGGUCGUCGCGGCGAAGAAGGCGAGGGAGCCCGCGGCGCCGACGCCCGCGGAGGCGGAGGCGGAGGCGGAGGACGACGAGCUCGGCAACCUUCAGGCGAGGCUGGACGCGAUACGACAGGAAGCGUCGUGAGCGCGCGUUCGCGGUCGCGCACGGCGGCGGCGCGUUCGCGACGGAGGUGGUGGCGGCGGCGGCGGCGGCGUGCUGUAACGUGCGUCGUCGAGUCGAAUCCAGUCGCGAUCGCGCGUGGGUGGUGGCCGCGCUCUGAGUUCGACAACCAGCUGAGUAAACAAAAAAAAAUCAUCAGCG